AUGGACCGAAAACAAAGCGAGACAUCGAUUUCCUAUCGUAGUCGACGUAAUGUCGACGAAGAUUCGUGGACAGAAGUCGAGCGACAAGAGCUUGACCAUGCUACUUCGUUUGUAUCGGAAAGUAUGUAUCUUGUCAUGGAGAGUCCUGCAGGUGCUCUAUAUUCGGGCGAAACGGUGCAGUUCAAAGUCCAUGCACUUUGUGACCAGACAACAUUGGGGAGAGUCGUAGAUUCUAGUGAGAAGAAGAAAGUAGUACAAGAUCAUGAAGACGAGAUGAUGCACGGAACACUAUUUUUAACGAACUAUCGACUACUAUUUCGCUCUUUCAAUCACCGUGAAGAAGAAGCAAUGGAAAUUUUAUUGCACAAUAUUGCAGAAUUGGCCGAAUUUCGUGUGAAUGGAAAAUCAGGGUUUAUGAGUCAAUUGGAAAUUUCAUGUAAGAAUUUUAAAGUGAUCAAGUUAUUUUUUCCGGGGGAAACAGUAUCGGGAGACGUUUACGUGAUUAUUAGUCAAUUGCUUAUGGGAAAGCUUCAGCCCGCAGCGUUUGUCUGUGCACGUCAACUGGACAUUUCAGGAUGGAAAAUGUAUGAGUUAGAGUCUGAAUUUGCACGAUUGGGCUUUAAAACACCAAAGUGUGGUACUCAGAUUGGUGGAUUUCGCAUCACAGAUGUUAACAAUAAUUAUAAAUUGUGUCCAACGUAUCCUAGCUCGUUUAUUGUCCCUGCAUUGGUCUCUGAUGGCGAACUGCGGAAAAUGAGUAACUUUCGUGCUCGUGGACGCGUACCAACUAUAACGUAUCGACACAAAAAUGAUGCAAUUGUUGGAAGAUGUGCACAACCACUUGUGGGUCUGAGACGUAAACGAUGUGCGUCGGAUGAAGCAUUUAUAGCUGCAUUACGACGAGAAUGUGGCGGAAAAGUUUUGUUUAUUGAUUGUCGUAGCCAAACUAGUGCUUAUGGUAAUAUUGCAUUGGGUGGAGGAUUUGAAGUAUUGGAUUACUACAAAGAUACCAAUAUAUUGUUUAUGGGGAUUGAAAAUAUUCAUUCAAUGCGUGAUUCAAUUCGCAAACUUUUUGACUUGAUCAAGAAUGAAAUUCGUGGCAAUGAACGUCCGAAUUGGCUAUCGUGUCUAGAGAGCACACGAUGGCUAGAACACGUACGCUCGAUCCUCGUCUCAUGUUCUAUAUGUGUGGCAAAGCUUAUUGACGGCACGAGCUUAAUGAUUCAUUGCUCAGAUGGUUGGGAUCGUACGGCGCAGCUCACGGCUUUAGUCAAGUUGUGUGCUGAUCCGUACUACCGUAGUAUUAAAGGCUUUCAGGUUCUUAUUGAACAAGAAUGGUGUGCCUUCGGACAUCAAUUUCGUGCACGAUCAGGGCCCACGGAUACACAAGUUGCUUAUUGGGAGGACGACAAUACAUCACCUGUAUUUCUGCAAUUUGUCGAUGCUGUGUGGCAAUUAAUGCGCCAGUUCCCAUGCUCGUUUGAGUUUAGUGAACGCUAUUUAAUCGCAUUAGUUGAUGAAGCUUAUAGCAAACGAAGUGGAACGUUUCUUCAUGAUUGUGAAGCAGCUCGAAAGGAGUCGAAGACAAUGUAUCGGUGCACAAGUGCAUGGACAAUAUUGGAGUUACAUCCUGAUGCUGCAGAAUUUCGGAAUCCUUUUUUUAUGGUACCAUCAAAUGACAAAAUAUCGAGUGCAAAGUCGCCAUCAGUGUUGCAUUGCAAGUGGCACACAAGUUCAUUAGCAAUUUGGUCUAGUUUUUAUUUGCGAUCACUGGCACCAAAUGAAUCACGGGACGCAUGGGCACAAAAGUUGCAAGUGACACAACGUGAGUUGCAAGAUCAAUUAAGUGUGGCACAUGAACAGUUGCAGACGCAAAUGGAACAAAAUUUAGAUUUGCAGACAGAAGUGGAACAAUUGCGACGAGAUCGUGCACAAUUAACACGAUUAUUGGAAGGUGAAGUAUAUAGUGAUACGCUUAAUGGUUUACUUGUACAUGAGGAAGAGGAAAGCGAAGAUGGUGUGUUGCUUAGUGUGACAUCUAUGGCAGAAAGUCGCACAACAUGCAGUGAAAGUGGCUCAAUAACGUCAGAAGGCAAAGUGUAUGCAACAACAGGCGUUGGAUGUUUUCUUGGCGGAUCUAUGAGUCAAGAUUUUGAAAUUUUACAUUCAUAUUUUGAUCCGAUCGAUGCAACUUCGACAUUAUUUACACGCAGAAUGAAUGUUGAGGAAGUGAUCCCACGUUGCCACAACACUUGGCAAUUCAGCUCUUGGCACGACGGCAACAUUAGUAUGAGCAAGGAAGAUGGCAAUCACAAAGAAUGCAAGCUAUUGAGUGGCGAUUUUGCCAUGUUAUUGCAGAUCUUACUUGGAUUUAUUGCUCUCUCUGUGCUCGCAUUGAAACGAUUGCGUGAAGUGCCUCGACGUCCACUAGUGGUCUGGACUUUUGAUGCUGCGAAGCAAAUGGUUGGUGCAACAUUUGCACAUGUGGCGAAUUUGUUUAUUGCCAUUGUGCUUUAUUCUUACCAAGAGGACAUGCAUUCUGUCGGCCAUUCUGUUGAUCAGUGCGCAUUGUACUUUGUCAAUUUUACAUUAGACACGACAUUUGGGAUUUUUCUCAACUACGUUUUAUUAUCAGCAGUUGUGCUUUUAGCACUUCGUUUUAAUUGGUCUUCCUUAAAAAAACCUGGCGAUUAUGGCACUCCUCCACGAGUACGAACAUGGGUUACACAAGUUAUUUCAUGGAUUCUCGUCAUUUUUGUUUGCAAAAUUCUCAUUGCGGUGGUUAUCGUAGCAUUUCAAAAACCAUUAGGAGCUUUUGCAGCGUUACUCUUUAAACCUUUGGAUAGUUAUCCAGACGUUGAAUUGACUAUUGUCAUGAUUGCUUGUCCAUGUUUAAUGAAUGCGCUACAAUUUUGGAUUCAAGACAAUUUCUUAAAAAAAGAUGUUCGAGACGAAAGUUUUAUUGUCGCCCAAGCAGCUGAGUCGCCAAAUUCAAGUGACAAUAAAUUGUCGAGUCUCGGCACUCAAACACAAGACGAAUGCAGUGAAGCUAGCGAAGAUGAUUUGAAGCUCAUGAUUGUAGAAAAAUCCGACAGAAAGAGACUUCAUCUUGAUCUUUCAUCCGUGUAA